CCGUCCAUAUGAGGCGCACAAGCUCGCCAGGCUACCGAUACCGACCUGGCAGACAGUGUGGCCCAAGCAGCGGGGUUCCCAGCCUCACGCUUGCACGUCCCGGUUCGUGGCAUGCUGUAACACAUAGAUGCCGGCCAUGUAGCAGCCUCUGUUGAGAACACAUUGAAGACGUGAAGCUCGCGGUGGAAGGCGAGAGAAGGCACAAGAUGGACGUUGGCGGCCAACGGACGGUUCGCGGAGGUCCAUUAUCGCACCUUCCCCAUUCGUCCAAACCGCGGUUCCCGAUUCCGUAUCGAUAAGCGCGACGUCUUCGCCCUCAAGAAAUUCUCACGUCCCCAUCAUCCCCCCUUCCGCUCGUCAUUGCCAAUACUAGGGCCUAGAGGCAUCAUGCCUUCCCUUUCGACGCUCCUCUUUGCCUCGUUUCCCCUGCUGCUCAUCGCCAUCAUUUGGCAGAACCCAGACCCCAUCAUCAAGCCAAUCACCGGACACAUCGCCUUCAAAAUAAUCCGGCAGUUCUUCGAGACAACGCACUGCUACGUCUCUGUCAAGACCAAUUCAGCGCGUCUUCCACAUGCGGAGUGCUUCAGUGUUUCGAACGGCAAGUUCUCGAGGGUCUUCAUCGACGAGACAUCCUUUCCGGUCGUGAAGGAGGCACGGAAGGGGCACGUGAUUCCUGGUUUGUGGGAUGGUCAUGGACAUUUGCUCCCAUAUGGCGAGUUGAUGGACUCUGUCAAUCUUUUCGGGGCCCAGACCAUGGAUGGGGUGAAGGAGAGACUUGUCCGGUACAAAGCGAGCCGUCCCGAAGCCGGGACCGCAGAGCAAUGGCUGCGAGGCAUGGGAUGGGACCAAGCCAAUUUUGAGGGGAAAUGGCCCGUGGCAAAAGACCUGGAGAUCGGAGAUCAGUUCAAGGAUAUGUAUGUCAUGCUUGAUCGUGUAGACGUGCAUUGCAUCUGGGUAUCCGAGAAAGUACUGUCUCUUCUGCCAAACCCUCUUCCAGAAGUAUCAGGCGGAGAGACCCCCGCGAAAGGAGUCUUCUGCGAUAAUGCAAUGGACAUUGUCAUGAAGUAUUACCCGAAGCCGAGCAAAGAGCGCAAAACCAAGUUCAUCAAGGACGCCAUGUGGGAACUGAACAAGCUUGGCAUUGUUGGCGUGCACGAUGCCGGAGUGUUUCCCUCGGAGCUCGAACUCUACGAAGAGCUGUCAGCAGACGAAAACUGGAAUGUCCGGGUCUACGCGAUGAUGGAAUGCGAGACGCGCAAUACAUUUUGUCCGCAAGAUAUUGCUAAGAUCAGCACGACAAACGGGAUGCUGCACGUAAGGAGCGUCAAGCUUUUCGCAGAUGGCGCUCUCGGGAGCUGGGGUAGUGCUAUGAUCGAGCCAUACAGCGACAAGCAGAGCUCCUCCGGAUCGCUUCUCAUCAACGCCACCACACUCUCCAAGCUGACGCAUGAGUGGGCAACCGCGGGAUAUCAAGUAAACAUCCACGCGAUCGGCGACCUGGCCAAUCGCCUCGCCGUUGACGCCUUCGAGGAGGCCCUCAAAGGUCUGUGCCCCGGAUCUACACUCCGGGAGUGCCAGUCCCAGCAUCGAUUUCGCAUCGAACACGCUCAAAUCAUCCAUCCGGAUGACCAGCGCCGAAUGGCAGAGCUCGGCAUUAUCCCGUCCAUACAACCCACGCACGCGACCUCGGACAUGCCGUAUGCAGAGACUAGACUCGGCAAGCCGCGCACCGAAAAAGAGGCCUAUCGCAUGCGGUCGCUCUUACCACUCAACCCCGUCUUCGGAAGCGAUUUCCCCGUGGAGCCGGCCGAUAUCUUCGAAGGCAUCUACGCCGCAGUCACGCGGCGCAGCCCGCGGACAGGCCUUGACGCAGAAGGUGGGACCAAAGGCUGGUAUUCGUCGGAGACAGUCACAAUUGAGGACGCACUAGAGGGCUUCACCGUCAAUCCCGCGUAUGCUGCAUUCCUCGAAGGAAAAGCCGGUGUCAUCGAAACGGGGGCAUAUGCAGACUGGAUCGUCCUCGAAGAACCAUUGGAGGCUGUCGACCUAGAAUCCCUACGGAAACUCAAGGUGAAGGAGACGUGGGUAGGUGGCAAGCGAGUGUACAAACGGGCUGGCCCGGAGGAAGCCCCAUGGGUGCAGAACUGAACGUCAGAGAACCCUGCGAUACCCCACGCUGCACGGCAUAGGCCUCCAAACCGCGAUAUCCGCUGAGGCCUACAUGAAAUCCUGUAGGCUGCUGCCGUACUAGGCCUACAGUAGCUACAGGAUUUCGCUUCUGCGCUUCUUGGGCUGCAUGCCACACCCCCAUCCUAGCUCCAAUACAGUCAAGUCUUCCCACCCCUUAAGUAUCUAUACCGCAUUUGCAAUUUACGCC